UCUUGGUCAGACUGGGUGACUCAGAUCCUACUCCAGGCUGCCCUCUGGGGGUGAACACGCUGACCCAUCCUGCGCCACCACCACCAGGAUGGACACUCUGACCACAAGCCCAGGCCUGCCUGUUGAGAGAGAAACCCAGUCACUGUCACACAGCCAGCAGGGCCUGAGAGCUCACGACCGGACUAUCAGUGAGCAUGAGACUCUUCACAGAACCAGAAAUUACCCGCACUACCUGUCACUGAAAAGAAGAACCAUGCCCUAAAAGAUUUUCAGACUCCGCCCCCCACCCUCCCGUCAGAAGAGGCUGUGUUUCCUACUUUUGUGCCAUCUAUCUGUUUGAUUUGCUCAGCUCAGCUGUCAGAGGAGCAGUGGCAUCAUUGUCCCUACACGAAACUCUGCUGAGCCAAGCAGCAUGGACUACACAACAACAGACUGGCCUGAUGACAUUGACUACGAUUCAGCAAUGCCCUGCCAAAAAACUGACGUGCGCCAGAUCGCAGCCGGGCUGCUGCCUCCACUCUACUCGCUGGUGUUCAUCUUCGGCUUCGUGGGCAACCUGCUGGUGGUGCUCACACUCGUCAACUGCAAGAAGCUCAGGAGCAUGACUGACAUCUACCUGCUCAACCUGGCCCUGUCAGACCUGCUCUUCCUGCUCACCAUCCCCUUCUGGGCUCACUACGCCGCCGGCCAGUGGAAUCUUGGGAACACCGCGUGCCAGCUUCUGACAGGGCUCUACUUCAUAGGCUUCUUCUCCGGCAUCUUCUUCAUCAUCCUCCUGACCAUCGAUCGGUACCUGGCCAUCGUCCACGCCGUGUUUGCCUUGAGAGCCCGCACGGUCACCGCUGGAGUGGUGACAAGUGCGGCCACCUGGGCGGUGGCUGUGUUGGCCUCUCUCCCCAAAAGCAUCUUUACCAGGUCCCAGAAGGAGGGAGCUCGCUGCACGUGCAGCCCUCACUUUCCAACCAACCAAUAUCAAUUCUGGAAAAGGUUCCAGACAAUGAAGGUGGUCGUCUUGGGGCUGGUCCUGCCGCUGCUGGUCAUGGUCACCUGCUACUCGGGCAUCCUGAGAACCCUGCUCCGCUGUCGCAAUGAGAGGAAGAAGCACAAGGCCGUGAGGCUCAUCUUCACCAUCAUGAUCGUGUACUUUCUCUUCUGGACUCCCUACAACAUCGUCCUCCUGCUCAGCACCUUCCAGGAGGCCUUAGGGCUGAACAACUGUGAGAGCUCCAACAGGCUGGACCAGGCCAUGCAGGUGACCGAGACCCUGGGGAUGACUCACUGUUGCAUCAACCCCGUCAUCUACGCCUUCGUGGGGGAGAAGUUCCGCAGCUACCUGUGGGGCUUCUUCCAAAAGCACGUCGCCAGGCACUUCUGCAAGCGGUGCCCGUCCUUCCUGCGAGAGGCUCCUGAGAGAGGCAGCUCCGUUUACACCCGGUCCACCACGGAACAGGAGCUAUCGGCGGGCCUGUGACCUGGGCCCGGCACCUGCACACGGCCUGGGCUGUGCUCCCUACACAGAGGGUCCUGUCUGGGGGUUGGUGGGGGUGUCUAGGACUCGGCUCCUGCUCUGAGGACAUCGCCCAGGUCAGUCCGCCAAGUCUCUGCUGAGGGAAGGAUCUGCUCUCCUCUGCAAAUGCCGUUAACUGGCCAACCCUUCUCUGUGCUGCAGAAUGGAACUUACUAUCUUUCUCAAAGAGAAGAUUCUGCUCACGCUGAACGGGAAUAAGGAGACGGAUCCAGAAGCACGCCAUACGUACCAUUUCGCACCUAUCAAGACAACAUUCUGGCUGCAAAAUCAAAAACGAACAAAAGAGUUUCCAGUGGGUCCUGUUCGUGUCUGUCCAUGUGGAGGAAAGAUAUGAACGUGAUUCGUGCUGAAAAGACACCUCCCACGUGUGUGUGGUCUCUCACCCCCCAGGUGAGGCUGAUGAGAGUCCCACUGGCCUUCAGGACCAGCCGAGGGCCCGGUAGCCUGGGCAUCCUCAGUGAGGAAGGGUCUGGGUGAGGCCACCUGUCUGUGGAGCAGCGAGACGCUGAGCCUGGCUGCAGGUGCAACUGUGGGCACAUAUGACUGGUGGGCUGGGGUGGGGGAACCCCAGGGAAGAAGGAGCAGGCUGGACGGGGAGGCGCCUGCAGAGAAGGGAGCAGAGGACGGUCUGGGAAGGGAGCGGCCAGCGGCUGUCAGGGUGCAAAGAGCCUCCACCAGGGUGUCUGGGGUGGGGGGAGGGGUGGUGAAGAGGAGAUUCAGAACAAAGUGGGGCAGACAGGGGCCCAGAGAGGAGUCGGAGGGGAGGCCCUGGGCUGCAGGCAUGUGGACUGAGGCGCCCUGAAAAGACCUUGAGUGUAACAAACAAACAAGGAGGUUUGGAUUCAAAGCAGAAGGGGCCACAGAGCAAGGGUCUGGUGUUGGAGGCUGGACUCAGCCUUGGGCUGGCUGACUUUGCCCCCGCGGCCCUCAGAGUCACCUUCCCAGCUGGAUGGAGCAGCGAGGUGGCCCCACAGAGCUCUGAAACUCCAGGGUUCUGAAGGUUUGAGGCACGGUUACCUACAGAGGUCAGAGAGGAGAACUCAGCAAGAUGACUGAGUGCUCCAUGAAGAUCCGGGAUUCUGUCAGCCCUGAGCAGAGGUGCCCUCGGGGGCGAGGGGACCCACGGGAGCUUGUCUCUACCUGCCUGGGGACACAGGCUGUUGGAGCGUUUCUUUCCAGAUGUAGCAACCAAAAAACGGAGAAGGGAGAUGAGACCCAUUCAUUUGGAAAUGGGCCGCCUCCUGUUGAGAAGCCACAGAAAGUAGUUUCUCAGCUUCUGUGUUUCGGGAUGAGUGUGGACAUUUUAGCCGUCCUUCCGGAUCCCUUCUCCGGAUGAGACGAGUCCAAACACCCUGAUCUCCUGGGGUGCAGCUGCCACUCUCCAAUUCUGCACGAGCAGGAGGCUGUUUGAAUCGGGGGCAGAGAAGACCACCGCAGGGCCAGUCAGUGAGAGAAGUGAAGAAGUGAGAAUCCCAAGGGGCCAAAGGUGUCAGAAUAACAGCAGGUGUGACUCAGUAUUUUCAGGCUCUGAACCAGGACACCCGCAGGCUGUAGUGACUGUCUGCAGACCGGACAGGAAAGGUCUCUGCCUGUGCUCUCAAGGUUGUUAAGAGCAUGGAAUUGGUCCAGGACGCUGGUCUCUGGGUGGAUUCAAAAACAUGCUGGUUGUCUGCCAGUGUGUGUGUCUGUGUGUGUGUGUGUGUGUGUGUGUGUGUGUGUGUGUGUGUGUCUGUUGGUUUAUUGUUUUGUUUGGGUUUUUUAAAUUUUUUUGUUUGUGUCUUCCCAGAGCCCUGCUGAGCAACGGUGGAUGGUGGCACAGGGGAUUGAACCUGGGACUUUAGAUCCUCAGGCAUGAGAGUCUCUUUACAUAACCAUUAUGCUGCCUCUCCCCACCCUUUGAUUCUUAUUUGAAUAGAAAACCACAAAUUGUCUAGAAGGAAAAUGAGAAUCUAAAAAAAGAAGCCAAGUUCACAGAACCAGGCUGGCGUUCUGUAGCUAGCCGUCCUGGAAUCUGCACAGCCAGACCUCACCCUCUCUUAGCAAAUCUCCCCAGGGCACGAGUUACCAGAAGGACAAGUGUGUAGACGUGUCGCCUCCACACCAUUGACAGGAGGCAGGAUGUGGACUCAGCCCCAGGGCUCGAGUCAAUGAAGAAGUUGUGGUCUAUACACACAGAGGGAUGUAACUCAGCAUCGAGCAAAGACGAGAGCCUGGCCCCUUGCCACAGCCUCGAUGGGGGCAGACGGGUGAUAGGUGAAAUAGCACAAUAGGGAAAAAAACAAAGACCCAGUCAUCUCACCUGUAGGUGAGAUAAAGAGAAACCAAGGGAGGAACAGAGUCAAAGGGAAACAGCCAUUCUACUCUGACCGCAGAAGUAAGGUCACAGAGUGGGGAGCAGGCUGGGAUGGGGGUGGGGGAUGAGAGUGCGGAGGAGUCCAGUGGGGAGUCACUGGGGCUUUGGUAGCGGACAAAGUGGGAUGGAAGGAGCCAGGCGGUGGCGCAUCUGGUUAAGCGCACACAUUACAGUGCGCAAGGACCCGGGUUCAAGCCCCCCGGUCCCCACCUGCAGGGGCAAAGCUUCACGAGUGGUGAAGCAGGGCCGCCGGUGUCCCUCUGUCUCUUUCCUUCUCUAGCUCCCUCCAUCUCUGUCCUAUAAUGAAUAAAUAAAAAGAUUUUAAAAUAAAAAAGAAGGAGGAUGCAGUUAUGACCCUCAGACACACAGCCUUGUCAAUCAGUGGCGCCCCAGUAAAAACGCUGAAACUGAAGACACGCUGAGUGAGAUGCAGCCUCCAGGGCUGGCCUUCCUAAGGGACCACACAGAACAAGUUCUGAUUGCAGAUUUCAUUCUUCUGUUCAAGCAGAACAGUUGACACUGUUAAAAAAUAGUGAUGAUGAUGUCGGCGUGGGUUUAAGAGCACCAGUGAAGACAGUGUGGGCUGUCAUGCCCCCUGGCCUCUUAUCCGGGGCCCCCACACGGGAUGCAUAGAAGGAGGAUGCCCUCUAAGUCUCCUCUUUCGUUUGCAAAACCUCACAAGGUGAGCCAAAUAGCUCACUUGGAUAGUACUCUGCUUUUGCCAUGUGCACUACCCAGGUUCAAGUCCAGCCUCCACCAUAUGGAAGAAAGUUCAGUGCUGUGGUCUCCCUCUCCCUCUCUACCCUCCCCCCCAAAAAAAAUAAUAGUAAAUCAAAUCCUCCCCCAAACCUGUGUUCACUUAUGCCAGUCAGUGUGUGGAAAGAUGCUUUCAUGAUGUCAAAGACGAGGGUGGACAGAGCAGAAAGCACUUCCAGAGAGAGCUUUGCCUUCCAAUCAAAUUCACUAUGAAGGUGUUGCUUACAGGCCAGAGGGACCGUUUACCAGGUGGGGCGCCUGCACUGCCCUGUGUGUGCCAGGCUGGAGCCUCUGGGGCCCUGAGAGGUGCUAGGACAGUGGGGGAUUCUCUGGAGCUUCUUUCUCUCCUCUCUAUCUGUCUAUCUAUCUAUCUAGCUAGCUAGCUAUCUUUCUCCCUGAAUGUCUCUCAUUCUCUCUGUACCUGAGUGAAAUAAAGUGAGCAGGUGAAAUUGCUCCCACAUGGGCAACUCGGCUUAGACCUCUGCUCCCCCACACUGAAGAAAGCCUGAGUGCUGUGAGCUCGUUCACUUUCUGCCUCUCUGUCUCUUGAAAAGAGAGAGAGAGAAUCACAGGAAUAAAACCACACAUUCGUGAGGCCCCAGGUCAUAACGCACAAAAUGUAUUGCCUGUAUGUUUCCAAAAUGGAGUCAGAGUCAAUAUUUUAGAUGAUCUGUGUGUAUUCGAAAAUAUAUGUCAUCGUUGUACCAAAUCCUCCAUUUUCAGCAUGACUUUUCAUCAACAUCUUUAAGGGUCUUGCCUUUGUCUCUCAGACUAUUACUAUUUCCAUUUGAUUAUAAGUCCUGCCUCACUGUGAUUCUGUCAAUAAAUUCCAACAGGAACUUUUCUUUUUCUUUGUUGGGGGAACUCAUGGUUUCCAGUUGACAGCAAAACCCAGUAGUUGGUGCAUGUGUGACAUUUCUUGGUUUUCCACACGACACUCAGCCCUCCCCCAGGUCGUCCUCCGCCAUUGUGUUCCAGGACCUGGACCCCCCCCCCAGAGUCCUUUACUUUAGUGCAG